AUGGAAGGCACACUGUUGGACACUGCUGAAGAAUGUUCCGGUAAUAGCUGUGCCGUUCAGAAGAAAAUUGAUCAGCUGGAGCUGGAGAAGAAACUACUGACCUUGCAGAAGGAAGUUUCGGAGAUGAAGCUGCAGACUCAAGUAUUAGCUCGAGCUUCAGGUUUAUUAGAAUAUAAUGCUCUGAAGCAAACACUCAUCGAAACAUUUCAACAAACAUAUUCCGUUGAAAGUGUUUAUCACGAGCUACGCAGUCGCCGCCUUUCUACCUCCAAAUCGACCAUAACAUACUUCAUUGACAUGAAGAAUAUUGCCAGGAAAGCGAAAAUUCCCGAGGGUGAGCUUGUUGACAUCAUAAUCGAAGGUAUAAAUGAUCCGGUCAACACCGCCGCUAUGCGUUAUGCUGCUCGUCAGAUGGAUGAUCUCCUACCCUUGCUGAAAAGAUAUGAAGAGAUGCGGACACGUCACCAGCCGUCAACAUCUGCACCCAAGGACAGACGAUCUACUCGCGACGUACCCAUGAACAUCGAGCACGUGAAGUGCUACAAUUGUCUGCAACAAGGGCAUUAUCAAAGCCAAUGCCAACGACCCCAACGUCCUCAUGGAUCGUGUUUCCGGUGUUCGAAGACGGGACAUUCACAUCGCGAAUGUCCGAACCGUAACAACGUACCAGCCGCUGCGGUGCAUUCAAUGGAUAUGGAAUCGGGUUAUUUACAACAAAUUCCAGCCAUGCAGGAGUACUACAGUAACAGUAAUAAUAAUAGAGUUCAAACAAUGACGAGCUCAUUUCCAAUUGUGUGUGUGUCAGUUGGAAACCAGUUGUGCGAAGCGGUGAUCGAUACGUGCAGUGAUGUGACGCUCAUGCGCUGGGAUUUGUUCCAGGAAUUAAAACUCAAUUGUAAUGAGUUGAAACCGUCUGCACGGGUAAUAAAAGGCUAUGGUGGAAAAAAAAGCAACGUGUGUGGUGAGCUGACGAUCCGUGCUACCAUCGAUGAAGUUGAGGAGAAAAUUCGUUUCGUGGUGGUACCUUCGAAUUCUAUCGACACCAAAGUGCUGAUAGGAAUCGAUGUGCUCAAAAGGGUUAACUACGUUAUCACAAACGGUCAUGCAAAGAUAACAAAGCAACAGGAGGAAGAGGAAAAACCCACGAGUGUUGAUGAUCGUUGGGUGUAUCGUAUAGUUUGUGAAAGUCAUCAAGAAAUAGACGCACCGUCAAAUUAUCGUCGCGUGAUUUGUGAUAUGGUUAAUAAUUAUGAACCAGCAAAGAUUUCUAACGUUGAAAGUGAGAUGAAAAUAUUAGUGAACAACGAGGAGGUAGUGCGUACGUUGCCAAGAAGAAUAGCUCCGCUAGAGAAAGAGGUGGUAAGGAAACAAGUUCGCGAAUGGUUAAACGACGGAAUAAUUCAGCCAUCGCGAAGCCCUUACGCUAGCGCAGUUGUGGUUGUACCGAAGAAGGAUGGAUCUCACCGUGUGUGUGUGGAUUAUCGUGAGAUGAAUAAGAGGAUCGUGCGGGACUCUUAUCCGAUGCCCAAUAUCGAAGACCAGAUUGAUCAGUUGGCAGAUGCUCGUGUGUACAGUGUAUUAGAUCUGAAAAAUUCGUAUUUUCACGUCAAGGUGGAGAAGGAAAGUCGCCAGUACACAUCUUUCGUAACAACGGAUGGGCAGUAUGAGUUUUUACGUGCUCCGUUUGGAUUGUGUCUCAGCGGCAAUGCGUUUGGACGCUUCAUCGAUGCAGUACUUCAUGAGUUGAUCAUAGACGGUACCGUGAUGGCCUUCGUAGAUGACAUCAUCAUUCCGUCUCGAGACGAGGAGCAUGGUUUGGCGUCUUUGCGGCGAGUUUUGGAAGUGGCACAGCGGGCAGGACUUCACUUCAAUUGA